GUCAGACAUAGUGGCAUAGCAGUGUACCUCAUUCAGGACCUGACAGUUAUCUAGGGGCUGUCUUUUCCCUUUUGUACACAAACUCGGUCAGGAAAUUUAAGAAGAGGUGAGUUCUGUAUGCCUUGUACUCUGCCAUCCUGCAGCCUCAGCUGCUGUCAACAGAACCUUAUUUAUUUUUUCCUUACUGAUUAGAAAUGGAUUUCAUCCUGCCACCCACUAUGCCAGCUGGUGGUAUCCCAUGGGAGAAGGUUUUACCACCUCUUAUUCCUCAGCUGAAUGGAAAUUAUGGACAGUGGUCACCGAAAUUGCUGCUUCCAGAGACUGAAAAUACUAGCUCUGCAGUGGUGAACUGUGAUGACAGUGGAUUUACAGUUCAAGUUGAUGUAAAGCUCUUCAACCCAGAGGAUCUAAUGGUCAAAGUAGUAGGAGACUUUGUAGAAGUGCAAGGAAAGCAUGAAGAAAAAAAGGAUGGUCCUGGGUUUACAACACGGCAGUUUAAUCGCCGCUACCGAAUCCCAAAGGGCGUUGACAUCAUGUCUUUGGAGUCAAUGGUCUCUCCAGAUGGCAUCCUUAUCAUAUCUGCACCUAUGCUGCAAACAGAGACCUCCAGAUCCCUGACCUAAUCACAAAAAUACCAAACACUCAGAUCUGCACCGUUUUCACCAUGUAUGACUACAAAUGCAACGAAACCCUUUAAGAACACAAGCACAAACAGAAACAACUUCAGGCUCCUCUAAUCACCGCAACAUUCAGCAUGUGCCAAAACACACAUUUGUUGUGUUUCUGGCUCUGCUCUAAUGUUCCCUGCCCCCUGAGGUUUGUAUAUAGUGCGCU